GCUGAGGCGAGAGAAGCGGCCCCGGCUGAGGCGAGAAGGAGCCGGCGGCGAUGUCCCAGCCUGAGGUGAGGCGGCCAGGCCCCAGCCGGCGAAACGGGAGCUGGGCCGGGCCCUGAAAAAGGAGACGGGGAAAGGGGGGGAAGAAGCCCCGCGGUCGGCGCUUGAGGAGGAGGAGGAGGAGGAGGAGGAGGCGGCGGCGAGGGCCCCGGCUGAGGAUGGGGAUCCUCUUCACCAGGAUAUGGAGGCUGUUCAACCAUCAGGCGUCCAGCCCCACCUCAGACCUUCCGUUCCAACUGAUUUCCUAACAUCCACUAUGCUGGCAGCAUCCCACCCGACACAAAAGUUCCUAGUUAUGGGGGGUCAGAGCACAAAGUAAUCAUUGUCGGCCUGGAUAAUGCAGGAAAAACGACCAUUCUUUAUCAAUUCUCCAUGAACGAAGUGGUGCAUACCUCGCCCACCAUCGGGAGCAACGUGGAAGAGAUAGUGGUCAACAACACGCGCUUCCUGAUGUGGGAUAUCGGAGGGCAGGAGUCUCUCCGGUCUUCGUGGAACACCUACUACACAAACACCGAGUUUGUGAUAGUUGUUGUGGACAGCACAGACAGAGAGAGGAUUUCUGUGACUAAAGAAGAACUGUAUAAAAUGCUAGCACAUGAGGACUUAAAAAAAGCAGGUUUGCUGAUCUUUGCUAACAAGCAGGAUGUUAAAGAGUGCAUGACAGUAGCUGAAAUAUCUCAGUUCCUGAAGCUGACUUCAAUUAAGGAUCACCAGUGGCACAUCCAGGCGUGCUGUGCUCUAACUGGAGAGGGACUGUGCCAAGGACUCGAAUGGAUGAUGUCAAGACUUAAGAUCAGAUGAUUUUUAAUGACCUCUUUGCACAGACAUUGCUUGAAACGAGCUGUACCCAUGAUUACCUUCACAGUGGCAGAAUUAAUGGGUUAGAUGUAUUUAUACUGAACUGAUUUCAACUUUAUUUUCUACAUAGAUGCACACACACGUACGUGUAUAUAAAUUAAGACCAUUCAGCAAAAAGCAAGAUGCAGUUGAGGCUCCUGUUUGGUUUCCUGUUUGGUUUCCUCUGAGGCUGCGUUUAAAAGCUGUGAUCAACCUUCUUUUCAAGAUACAGCCGCUCGGAACAGCCCCACCUUGAGCGUGGUGAAGAUUGAAGCGAGAGGAAGGAGCUUUUAAUUCUGAGUUUUAUUAUUCCAUUGUAGUCCUCUCUAGUUGAAGAUGUUGGCUUCAUUACUCCAGUAAAUUAGCAAACAAAUCAAUGGCAUAGAUAUCAACUUUCCAGUAUUUUUAAGGUUACCGAUGUUACAAAUGCAAAAAUAUUUUCCUGUAUGUGUACUGUACAUAUUUGUGUAUAUUUAUACCUCAAUUUUAGGUUAAUUGCAAUCUGUUGAGAGCAGUGUGUCAAGCUGAAUGAGUAUGUGGGCAGCAGUACUAACAUUUGACGUGGCCAGGGUGUCACAGCUUCUCCUCCUGGGUUGUAGCAUCCAUGGGACACGUGGCUCCCCAGAACUUCAUAAACUCUCUCUUCAGACCGUUGCUUGUUUCUCACGUGAUUUUUCAGUUAGGGAGGCUGUACAGAUUGAACUUCAAAUUGCAGUGUCGGCAAACAGUAAAGUAUUUGCCAAAGACUUGAAAAUGAAACAGAUUUUCUUUUUUUUUUUUUUUUUUUUUUUUUAAUGGUAGUCAGCAUUGGAUUGGGUGAUUCCAAAAAGCUGGUGUCCUGUGGUACUGCUGUCCUUUCCGUGCAGUACCUUCGUUGCCGAGUCACCGCUGGUACAAGGGAGUACCUUUAGCUGUCAUAAAGGGAAAAACAGCAUCUCUCUUCUUUUUAUUCUUAACCAAAGAGGCAGAAAAGUGUUUAAAUAUCCCGCUGGAAUCUUUAACAGGACAAGUCAUGCUCUUUCCUAAGUGUUUUUCAGAGGAAGGCACGCUUCUCUGUGCUAGCGUAAAAAAUGCACGUGUGUGGAUGCGCGGUGGAUGGAACGGGGCUGGGGAACAGACCAGAUGACACUACUUGAGAGGCUCUCACUGCCCCCUGGAUGGUGGCCCCAUGGAAGCUCUGGGGGCAGCACUUCUUGAGAAAUAAAGCUCCUUUGCAUGGUCCCCAGGUGAGUUGUAGGAAGUGUCAGAGCACUACUUGGGCAGCUUUUCUCCCCGUGGUACCUACUGGGAUGGAGGUUGUUGGGAAUUGCCUUUUUUCCCAAGAUCCAGGCUUUGCCAGUGGGAUGAGUUGGGUGGUUUGAAACCUCAUCAGUAUUGGGGAAGUGAAGGUCGCCUUCAUCGGAGGUGUUUGCCUUGGAGAUGUAGGUUUGGGGGGUACAGCAAAAUGAAAUAAAUCCUCAUUUAAAAUGUCCUUCCCUCUCUUAGCUCAUACGUCUGGUAAGGAUGGAAAAGACAUAUUAAAGGGGGGGAAAAAAAAAGCUUAGUUUGAACUUUUUAAGGUGCUUCUCUUUGGUUCUGGGAUAAUCUGGUCAGCACACCUGCCUUCCCCUCCGCCUGCUUCGCCGGGGAUCGGGGUGUGAAUCUGGGGGGAAAAGAAAGGGAGGCAAUUUCAAAAGUCUGUAUUUAACAAAGGCAGGUAAAGAAUUAAACUUUUUAAUAUAUUUUUGGUAUCUCUUUACGAUGCUCACCGGCUAGGGAAUCUGCUGUCUUUGUUAAACAUUUUAACGUGUACAUGCAUAUAUUUCUAGUGCAUGCACAUAGAUAUCGGUAUUUAACUGGUGUAUUGCAAAAUGUAUACUUGUUUGAAGAAAUAACAAUUUCAUGCAAAGACUUUCUCAGUUUAUCUGACAGUAUCUUCAAGAAACGAGCUCUGUGCACACUUGCCUAUGAAAUGGAAUUGUACGUUUUCUAGUCUUAAAAAAAGAAAAGAAAAAAAAAAAAAGAAAAAGCAGACUUGCUUAUAAACCUGA